AGGUUUAAAAUGCACGUUCCUAGCGAGCUGAAAGAACGGACGAAAACAGUGUAAUAACUAAAGUGAGAGCCACGGAAUGAUGAACCCAUCCUGAAGUAUGAAGAAGAUGGUGGUCCUCUGCCUGGUGGGGCUCCUGGGCCUCCUGGGGAUGGGGGUGGAGGGAGGGAAGAAGGUCGCCACGGUCCCUCUGUUAGAAAACUGUAAAAAUAUUCCGGUUGGACAGAAACAGCGGACCAAGGUGUUGUUGGGAUACCUCACUGCUGUCACAGGAACUGUUACAAACAGACAGGGUAGAGCUGUGUCUGGUGCUCUGAAGUAUGCCGUAGAACAGAUAAAUAAUUGCUCAACACUUCUUCCAGAUGUAGAGCUAGAGUUUAUAUAUAAUGAUACACAGGGAAUGGUCCUGAAAUCCUCGUCAGUGCUGGUCGACCAUAUCUGUGAUGAUAUAGCGGCGUUUAUUGGUCCUGAGGGGCCCAGCUGUAAUACUGAAGCUAUGCUGGCUGCAAGCAAAAACAGAGCUAUGAUAUCAUACAGAUGCAGUGAUCCCGAGGUAUCAGACAAAUCUAAAUAUCCAACCUUCACUAGAAUGGAGCCAACAGACACUCAGGUUACAACGAGUGUAUUAUCCCUGUUAAAGUAUCAUCAAUGGUUCAAGUUUACGAUUGUUGCGCAAAAAACUGAUCAAUGGAUUACCAUCGCAGAGGAUCUCAAACGACAAGUUUCCAUUCGAGAAGAGUUCACGUUGAAUUCGUACGAGGAGUUCGAAGACUAUGACAAGUGUUGUAUAGCUGAUCUAGAAUGUUGUACUCUACUCUGGCCUCAUAAAAUACUUCAGGCUACCAAGGAAGGAACUCGGAUUUAUGUAUUUGUGGGUCCUAGUGAUAUGUUGAUAAGGUUUAUGAGACAGAUGAACACGGAGAAAUUGUUUGAUGAAGAGUACGUAGUGAUCUAUCUGUACCCGGAGACGGUUAAGGUAGACGAGAGACAGUUCUUCCUCUGGAACCUAGAGGAGAUGUCAACUGCUCCGGACGGAGCGUCUUGUGAAGAUAUACCUGGAUACAGGGACAGAUUGCAAUCCUGGAAAUCUUUGAUCGUCGUAUCAGGAUCUCCUUACAGGAUUGACACGACUGAUUUUGCUGACCAUGUGCGACAUUACAACGUUCUGCCUCCUUUCAACUUUACAAGUGUCGUCUUCCCUUUUGCCAAGCAAGUAGAUAUCCAUAUAUCCAUCUACGCCGCACAUUUGUACGACAGCGCAGUUCUUUACGCCGCGGCCCUUCACAAGAUGAUCGAAGAGGCCCGGUGGAAGGGGGAGAACACCACCAUCUCCGAGCUCGCCAGGGAUGGGACCCGUCUCACCAAAACCAUCAUCAAGAUGGGCGGAUACGAUUCCAUCUCCGGGAACUACAUCAAGAUCGACAAGAACGGGGACUCGGAGGGGAACUUCACGGCCUUUGCGUUGAAGGAGUUCAACUACACCUUCGUGUCCAAGUUCUCCGGAAAGAAGUUCUCGUGCAACCACUACCUCACCAAGGUCGGGGAGUUCCACGUACCCAAGGAUAAUUUUAACAAAACCCGGCUUGUAAAUGGAAGGCUACGAGAGAUGAGAGAAUUGCCAGAAUAUGUUCUGCAUACAAACAUUGAGUUUCCUAGAGGAUAUAAACCCCUGGAUGAACCGCAGUGUGGAUACAGGGGAGAGAAAUGUAAAGGAAGCCAGGGUCGAACUGAGAUAAUCGCGGGUGUGAUGGGCGGAGUCCUACUGGUCAGCAUGGUCAUCACCCUUUCUGUUUACAGGAAGUGGAAAGUUGAACAGGAGAUUGAAGGAUUACUGUGGAAGAUUAGUCCUGAUAGUUUGAAGGGAUUCCGAGGAACUGGACUCCAUCCUUGUUCCAGUAAACAAUCCCUAGGGAGUAUAGCAUCAGAAAUUGGAUUCCCCAGUCUUGAGAGUAUGGGGCUCCGUAGAAUCACAAUGAAGAAACAUAAGGGCCAGGGAAAGCAUCACCAGGCUGGGUUCAGCUGGAGACUUCUACGCAAUCUAACUGUAGAUCCGGUCAAAAUCAUGACCGGGAUUCAAGGAGAUUACAACGGGAUAGGAACUUUCUGCCAGACAGCCAAGUAUAAAGGAUCUAAUGUCAGAGUUAAAGAAUUAAUGUUUGCCAGGAAGAAAGAUAUCAGCAGAGAGCUGAUGAAGGAGAUGAAGUUGAUGAGAGAGUUGAGGCACGACAACAUCAACAGCUUUAUUGGAGCCUGCGUGGAGGUGUCCGGGGACUUACAUUGUAUCACCAUCAUCUCCGACUACUGCGGGAAGGGGGGGCUCAACGAUAUUCUGGAGAACUCCGACAUGAAGUUGGAUAGUAUGUUCAUCACCUCCUUCAUUCAUGAUCUUAUCAAGGGUAUGCUGUUCCUGCAUGGGUCUGAUAUGGUGACCCAUGGGAACCUGAGAAGUUCCAACUGUGUUGUUUCCUCCAGAUGGGUUCUCAAGAUAUCAGACUUUGGUCUCCAUGAACUCAGGGUCUCUCAAGAAACCCAAUCUGAAAAUGAAUCUGUCCUCCUGUACAAGCAGCUGUGGAGGGCCCCUGAGCUACUCCGUAACAACGGACCUCUCAGAGGAACCCAGAAAGGGGAUGUCUAUGCAUUCGGCAUCAUCCUCUACGAGAUGCUCGGCAGAUCCGGUCCCUAUGGCGACGAUGACAUGUCCCUCACAGAAAUCAUCCGCCGCGUGAUCGAGCCGGAAGGCGGAGUAGAGACGAGGCCGAAUAUUGACUUGUUGCGGGAUAUAGCGGCGGAGAAUGAGACGGAGUUGCCGGAGUAUGUCCUGGAGGUUAUGCAGGAGUGUUGGGCGGAGGAUCCUGAAACUAGGCCGGAUUUCACAAGUAUCAGAAACCGAUUGAAACCAAUGCGGCAGGGGAUGAACAACAACAUUAUGGACCAGAUGGUCGAGAUGCUGGAGAAGUACAGCGUGAAUCUCGAGGACCUCGUCACAGAGAGGACGAGGCUAUUGUUCGAGGAGAAGGCAAGGACAGAGGACCUUCUUCAUAGGAUGCUUCCACCCUCCGUUGCAGCUAAACUAACUAUGAAUAUCGGAGUGGAGCCGGAAACCUUUAACGGAGUAACCAUUUAUUUCUCCGACAUUGUCGGGUUCACCAGUAUGUGCUCUGAGUCGACCCCCCUCCAGGUGGUCAACUUCCUCAACGAGCUCUACUCCAAGUUUGACGAAAUAAUUCAAGGAUUCGAUGUCUACAAGAUUGAAACUAUCGGAGAUGCCUAUAUGGUGGUUAGUGGGCUACCGGAGCGUACUCCGACCCAUGCCGGAAACAUCGCCGCCCUGUCGGUGGAACUACUUGGAGCCGUCAAGAACUUUAGGAUUUCACAUCGGCCCGCAGACACCCUGCAGCUGAGAAUUGGGGUACACACGGGGCCCGUCGUGGCCGGGGUCGUCGGGCUAGCCAUGCCGAGGUAUUGUCUGUUUGGAGACACUGUCAACACUGCGAGUAGGAUGGAAAGUAACGGGCUUCCACUCAGGAUUCAUAUUAGUCAAGAGUGUCAUAGAGAACUGGAGAAACUAGGCGGGUAUAUAACGGAAUACAGGGGCGGGGUCCAAAUGAAGGGCAAGGGGAUCGUUGAUACCUAUUGGUUGAACGGUGUAACGGAGAACGCUAUUAAGAAACGGCCUCCUGACUACAGCAAACUUAAACCACUGUUCAGUUAUCCUAAACUUGGAGUUAUGAACAGUGAGCAGGUAUCGAGAAGGGAGAGGAGGUCUCCGAGGAUGUCCUUGGUCUGUACGGACGUCCGACAGUCCUUUAAGGACAAGAACUCGACAACUCCGUUAACACCGGAGUUUCGGCGACUGUCAGAGAACGGGAAAACCAAUGGAACCUCAGACGUCAACUCGGAACCUCAAUUUUUCAACUUUGAACCCAAAACGGUGAAGGAUAGAAAUGUAGCGGCUAAACUAUUGGCUGGGAUGGGCCGGUCACCACGGACCACCGUGCGUGGUCAACGGUAUACAGGGUCCAGCUAUGCUAUAAACUCUAGUCAAAACAGCAUAGCGAGUCGAACCUCGCGGCCCCGCAGUCUUAGCAACGAACGGCGGGACCGUAUAGAGGAUUUUGAACGGGUUUCGCUAUUGACGAAUGGAGACGAUGCUCUUUCAGAUUCUGUCGUCUAAAAUGACGACAAAAGUUGAAAAGGAACUUUUUAUGAAUAUUAUAUAUUUGUUAUUUUUUUUAGUAAAAUAUGCAACUAUUUAUGACGCUGUAAACAGUUUUUGUUUAUAAUUAGUACCUUGUCUAGUUGAAAAAUAAGAGAUUUUAGCAAAGUAAUUUAUAUGUACAGAUGUAUCUUUUUGUAGAUGUAUAUGUAUGUACAUUGUACAUUAAAAAAAAUAGUUAAACAAAUGCGCUGUGUUUAAUUUACAAAUCUUGCUGUUUUUUUACAGAUCAAUUUCUGUGCACAACUAUUGAGCUCAAAGUUUAAUUGCGAGUUUUCGAAAUUAAAUCCAAUCUUACUUUUUAAAUCUAUCGUAGACGCCAUGAUAAAAUCAUGUAUAUAUGAUUGUAGAUAGUCGAUUUUUUUCCAAAUUCACAGAAUGAUUUACUCAAAACAGAUUUAGCUCUUAAUUUUUCUUUAAAAAUCUUUUAUUUAUGUGAAAAAAACUACUUUUUAACCGUCCAAGAAAAUGUUUAUUUUUUUCCCAGCCCAAUUUUAUUUAAAAUCUUAUAAAAACUUACAAUUUCAUUCGUAAAGGUAUUUUAAUCUUUAAUAUUUCUUACAAUCCAAGCCUGAGUUGUCUUGUCAGAUGUUUUUUUUUUAAUGGCGAUUAUAUAUUGACGUUUAGUACAUAUAAUUAUUUGACGAAUUUGACCGCCGGGUCAAAAUAGACGACGUGUUAAACAUACACAAAUUCAUGAUUUUAUUAAACUGUAUUUGAUGUGACAACUUAAGAAAGUUUAGCCAACAUUUUGAAUUAUCCCAUUAUUUGAUAUUCACUGUUUAACAAAAUUGUCCCAUUUAAAAAAAAAUUAUUCUCACAAUUUCACCAUUGCAUUGUUUAACUAUGACUUUUAAAAAAUUUUUUGGUAUGAUUUAACAAUUCUAGAACCUUUUUACACAACAAUCCAUUGAUAAAUAGUAUUGUUAAAAAAAUAGUUUCUCGCCUUGAAUUAGUAUUUUCCAAUCUAAUUUCUAAUUUUUGCAACAAAAUGACAUUGUCCUUAGAUAUCUCAAACUAUGAAAUAUCAAAGGUUUACACCAUGAGGUUUAACAGAUUAAGGAUUAGAAAAUCAAAGUUUGAGACAUGUUCCUUACUACUCAUUCUACCCACCGCUAAGAUUGACUUGUUAAAAUAUUAUUAUACCAUUUUCUUAUUUUGUAGCAGUGUACAGAUUGUUAGUUACAAUAUUGAAUCACAAAUAUGUUAGAAAUAUUAAUUUUAAUUAUUUUAUUCAAUUGUUGAAAUGCUUAUUUAUUUGAAUAACUUAUAAAAUGUUGGCAACUCUG